GCCACCCCUUGUCCACAGCGGUAAACCGCGGCUUUGACCUUGGUGCCUUCGCCUGCCCCUCCCCCUAAUUCCAAACCCAGAGGGGCCCCGCCCGGCUCGGGGAGACCAUGCGCCGAGAAUGGAGAACAGCUUCGGAGGCCAACUACGUGGUGGGCAAAUCCCUGGAUUUCACGCCCCGAAGGGCGCUGAGCGAGGCGCAGGGGUGAGCGCCCUGCAUUCCUCGGGUUCACCUGCCCGGGUGUGAGGAGAGAGAAAUCAUGGAGUCUUCCAAGACCUUCAUGAGACAGCUGCCAAUCACACCAGGCUACAGUGGCUUCGUGCCAUACCUUAGCUGCGAGGGAACCUCCAGUGAGAACAACAUGUCCCACUGUCUGAAAACCUUCCAGGAGAUCACACAGCGAUAUAAAGACCAGCUGGAGGAAUUUCACUGCUCGGUCGCCGCUGCCCCGAAACUGAAGCCCAUCUGCUCUGAGGAGACGGUCCUGCGGGCCCUGCACCAGUACGAACGGCAGUACCACCCCACGAGUCUGGAAUGCAAGUACGUAAAGAAACCUCUCCAGGAGCCUCCAAUCCCUGGCUGGGCGGGCUACCUGCCGAGAGCCAGGGUCACUGAAUUAGGCUGCGCCACACGGUACACUGUCAUGGCCAGAAACUGCUACAAGGACUUCCUGGACAUCACAGAGCAGGCCAAGAGAGUGCAUCUGAAGCCAUAUGAGGAAAUAUACAGAGUUAAGUCCACACAACCUCCUGCUCCUCCAAAAAUUUUGCAGCACGAAGGGCUGCUGCCAAAAUAUCCGGAUUUCUCUGUUCCAAGUGGUAGCUGUCCCGCCCUUGGAAAACCCCUGAUAGAGGAUCCCAGCCCUCCAGUGACGUAUGGCAGUACUGACAGACCAAAUCUGUCACGCAGCAGGAAGAUUUAUCUAGAGCCGCUGUCCUCAGCAAAGUAUGCAGAAGGCUAGCAGCAGAGAGCCUCCGAGGGAGAGGUGAACUUUUAGGGGGGCUCAACAGCUUACGGUUCUCACGUGAGAAUCAGCCUCUCACCCACAGCCCAGCAGGCACUAGGACAUUUCAUAACAUAAGAAUUCUUUUAACUGCCGUCUGCACCCUGACUGGUUGGCAACAGCGUGUGAUUAAUGUUGAAGACCUUUUAUUGUCCUUUGGGAAUAAAGAGGAUCCUUCUCAGCA